UUUGCAAGAAGUAGUAUCUUAAUCUACCUUGUUGCAUUGAUUGGAAAUUUGGUGGUUAUCAUCUCAAUAUCACAUUUCAAGCAGCUCCAUACACCUACUAAUUUCCUGAUACUUUCGAUGGCUACAGUAGACUUCCUGCUGGGAUUCUUCAUUAUGCCUUGCAGUAUGGUGCGCUCUGUUGAGCACUGCUGGUAUUUUGGGGAGCUCUUCUGCAAGAUCCACACAAGCACGGACAUUAUGCUGAGCACAGCUUCUAUCUUCCAUCUUUCCUUCAUAUCCAUUGACCGCUACUAUGCUGUAUGUGACCCUUUAAGAUACAAAUCAAAGAUAAAUACUUUUGUUAUCCUGGUCAUGGUGUUCAUAA